AGAAGAAUCAGAGAGUCACUUUAAAAAAUUAGAGACUGGGACCAAACCACUACUGCCACCACCACCAUCUCUAUGAUCACAAUCCACGAACAUAAGCCCACAGGUUUCCCCAGCUUCAAAGGCCAAUCAAAUGGAAUCUCAAAGCGUGAGAACCACGUGACCACGGCAAAGCACCCCUGUGUACAUAUAUAUAUAUAUAUAUACCCAUCGCACACAGUCCCAGUUUACCAUCAACUUGUAGCCGGCCCAAUAGCUCACGAGCACUAGCAAAAAAGCAGAAAGAAGAAGCAAAAGAAAUGCAGUCGCUUCAAGAAAAAGCCUCUGAAUGGAGCGGAGUUGACACAGCCGACGCGUUCGCUAUUGACAACACCAAUCUGUAUGAGAAACUCGGCCUCCAAAGCUUCAUUAACCUCUCCACCAAUUUCUACAACAGGGUAUAUGAUGACGAAGAAGAAGAGUGGUUUAGGUCUAUUUUUGCUAAUUCAAAGAAAGAGGAAGCUAUCCAAAAUCAAUUUGAGUUUUUUGUGCAGAGAAUGGGAGGUCCUCCUCUUUAUUCUCAGAGGAAAGGCCACCCUGCACUGAUCGGUCGCCACAGACCAUUUCCUGUGACACGCCAAGCUGCAGAAAGAUGGUUGCAUCAUAUGCAGAAGGCAUUGGACAGUAUUACUGAGAUUGACGAUGACUCCAAAACCAUAAUGAUGAAUUUUUUCAGGCACACCGCGUUCUUUCUUGUGGCUGGAAAUGAAUUGAAGAAUCAAAAUCAGCAACCACCAUGCAAGCACGCAGCCAAUAAACCAACUUAAUUGCAGCCUUACAAAUUAUUCCUCAUUUGUUAGUGACAGAACUGGUGGGAUGGGGGAUACUUAUUGUUUCCAAACCUGUUAACAGGUAUUCAAGCUAAAUUGAACCACAAACCUCAUAUCAAUAAAUCUUAAAUUUCAAAGUUUCA